AUGUUGGUGUUGCCUGGUACCUCCGCGCUCUCUGACUUUAAGAGCAAGAGUAUCCUCAAGGAUAUUCAACGUCACGUUCCGUCCGUCGGCAGCAUUGCUGGUCUGUUUGUCCACUUUGUCCAGCCGCGAUCCGACGAAGCCAAGGUUUUGUUGCAGAACGAGUCUUCAGCAGAAGAGCAGGGCAAGAUUUUGAAAAGUCUUUUGCACUAUGGCAACAACCCCAUUGCCGACGAGGCCGCUGCAGCCAUUGCUCACUUUUUGGCCACCAACUCGCAACCUGCCAAUGCCACCGCUGUCAUUGUCGUUCCUCGCGCAGGCACCAUUUCGCCCUGGUCGUCCAAGGCUACCAACAUUGCCCACCUGUGCAAUCUUCAAAAGGAGGUUGAACGUAUCGAACGCGGCACAGCAUUCCUGGUUACCAAAUCAGACGGUUCGCUUUUGACAGCAGAGGAAUUGGCCACGUUUGCUGAUUUGUUGCACGACCGCAUGACACAGACCAUCAAUACGCAGUUGCCUCAGUCUGAAACUGUGUUCAAGCACGGUACGCCGGCUCCUUUGACUGUCGUGGAACUGUUGGGUCAGGAUGGUAUGGAGAACGCGCAAGUGGCUCGUGAAAGGCUCGUCAAGGCCAACACAGAAUUGGGCUUGGCCUUGGCUACGGAUGAAAUCGAUUACUUAAUCUCGGCCUUUGUUGGCAGUGGCGACGCUUUGCGACGGAACCCUACCGAUGUCGAAUUGUUCAUGUUCGCUCAGGUCAACUCGGAGCAUUGCCGUCACAAGAUUUUUGGUGCUGACUGGACCAUCGACAACGAGCACAAACCCCAUUCAUUGUUCGGCAUGAUCCGCAACACCCACAAAGUCAGUCCCCAGUACACUUUGUCAGCUUAUUCCGAUAAUGCUGCCGUUUUGGAAGGUUUCAAGGCUACGCGUUUUGCCCCUUCGUCUGCAUCCAACAACUCGUACGAGCAUUUCGAGGAAGAUGUGCAUUAUCUUGCCAAGGUUGAAACGCAUAACCAUCCUACUGCAGUUUCUCCUUUCCCUGGUGCAUCGACUGGAUCUGGUGGUGAGAUCCGUGAUGAAGGUGCUGUAGGUCAAGGCUCCAAGCCCAAGGCUGGUCUCGUUGGUUUCACUACCUCCAACCUGCUGAUUCCCGGCAACGUUCAGCCAUGGGAAACUGACUUUGGCAAGCCUGGACACGUUGCCUCCGCAUUCGACAUCAUGAUGGAGGCUCCUCUUGGUGGUGCUGCUUUCAACAACGAAUUCGGCCGACCUGCCCUUACGGGCUAUUUCCGUACAUUUGCCGAAGAAGUUCCUGUCACGGAAAACACAACCGAAGUGCGCGGUUAUCACAAGCCCAUCAUGCUUGCCGGCGGUGUCGGCAGCGUCCGACCUGCCCAUGUCUUGAAGAAGCCCAUUUCGCCCGGUGCGCAUCUGAUUGUGCUCGGUGGCCCUAGCAUGUUGAUUGGUCUUGGUGGUGGUGCUGCUAGUUCCAUGGCAUCCGGCCAAAGCAGUGCCGAUCUCGAUUUCGCCUCUGUUCAACGUGAUAACCCUGAAAUGGAACGUCGUGCUCAACAGGUCAUUGACUUUUGUAAUGCUCUUGGCGAGGAUACCCCCAUCGAAUCCAUCCACGACGUUGGUGCUGGUGGUCUUUCAAACGCUCUUCCUGAAAUUGUGCACGACAGCGACCUUGGUGCUGAAAUCGAGCUUCGCAGCGUGCCUUGCGACGACAGCAGCAUGUCGCCCAUGGAGAUCUGGUGUAACGAAUCUCAGGAACGCUACGUCCUUGCUGUGUCACCUGCCAAAAUUAAGGUUUUCGAAGAGUUGUGUGCUCGUGAACGAUGCCCUUACGGUAUUGUCGGCAAGGCAACCGCCGAAAAGCGUCUCGUUGUCAAGGACUCGUUGCUUAACAACACCCCCAUCGAUCUCCCCAUGCCCGUGCUGUUUGGCAAGCCUCCCAAGAUGUCGCGUGUCACCGAAACCCGCAACCCUGUCCGCGUGCCAUUUGAUUCAAGCUUGAAGUCGUACUUGCCUCAAGCUUCGACCGUCACCGAUGUCUUGACCGAGUCUGCUUCGCGCGUUCUUCAAUUACCUGCUGUUGCAUCCAAAUCGUUCUUGAUCACUAUCGGUGAUCGAUCCAUUACUGCUCUGGUCGCUCGUGAUCAAUUCGUUGGCCCAUGGCAGGUUCCUGUUGCCGACGUGGCUGUCACUACUACUUCGUAUGGUCAGGACAUCAUCACUGGUGAAGCCAUGGCUUUGGGUGAGCGCACCCCCUUGGCGCUUCUGUCGCCUGCUGCAUCUGCUCGUAUGGCUGUUGGUGAGACCCUGACCAACAUGGCUGCUGCCAACAUUCAAGACAUCGGUCGUAUCCGCAUGUCUGCCAACUGGAUGUGUGCUGCCAACCACGACGGUGAAGGUGCUGGUCUCUACGAUGCUGUUCAGGCCGUUGGCCUCGAUCUGUGCCCAAAGCUCGGCAUUGCUAUUCCUGUCGGCAAGGACUCCAUGUCAAUGAAGAUGAAGUGGAACGAAGAAGGCAAAGACAAGGAAGUGACUGCUCCCUUGUCGCUCAUCGUUACAGGCUUUGCUCCUGUCAUCAACAACCACAAGACCUUCACCCCCCAGCUCCGCAACGUCGAGGGCACCGUUUUGGUCUUUUUGGAUCUUGCAAAGGGCAAACAGCGCUUGGGCGGCUCUGCACUUGCACAGGUCUACAAGCAGAUUGGUCACGAAGCUCCCGACGUCGAAGACCCUAUUGUGCUCAAGAACUUUUUCAACGCCAUGCAACAGGUCAAGGAAGGCGAUGUCAAGAACAGCCUCGUGUUGGCAUACCACGACCGAUCAGACGGUGGUUUGUUUGCCACGAUUUCAGAAAUGUGCUUUGCUGGCCAUGUCGGUGCUCAGGUCCAACUCGACGAAAUUGUUCAGAACGGCGAUGUCGUUGCUGCUCUUUACAACGAAGAAUUGGGUGCUGUUGUGCAGGUUGAAGAGUCUCGCUGGAACGAGUUUGAAGCAUUGAUGUCUGGCGCUGGUGUCUCGGCGUACAAGAUCGGUACUGUUACCCCGCACGACGAGCAGGAUACCAUCUCCUUCAACUUUGGCAAGCAAUCCGUGUUUGCUGCCAGCCGUGUUGAGUUGUUCCGCACUUGGAGCAAAACUUCUUAUUUGAUGCAAGCUCACCGUGAUAAUGCUGACUGUGCCAAGGAGGAAUACGAUAAUGUCUUGGAUGCCAGCGACCCUGGUAUCAGCUACCAGCUCACUUUCGACCCAGCUUCGGAUGUCACUGCCGGCUUGACCCGUCGUCCUCGCGUUGCGAUCCUGCGUGACCAAGGUGUUAACGGUCAAAUCGAUAUGGCCUUUGCGUUCCAUUUGGCCGGUUUUGAGGCCGUCGAUGUUCACAUGACCGACAUUUUUUCGAACAAGGUCUCCUUGAAGGACUUUGUUGGUUUGGCCGCUUGUGGUGGUUUCUCAUAUGGUGACGUAUUGGGUGCCGGUGCUGGUUGGGCCAAGUCUAUCCUUUUACAUCCUCACGCUCGUGCCGAGUUCUCGCACUUCUUCAACGAACGAACCGACACUUUUGUCCUUGGUGUGUGCAAUGGCUGUCAGUUUUUGAGCAACUUGACUGAACUGAUUCCUGGCGCUGCAUCAUGGCCUCGUUUCAUGCGCAACAAGAGCGAACAGUUUGAAGCUCGUGUUGCCAUGGUCGAGGUACAAGAGACCAACAAUAUCUUUUUCGAUGGCAUGGCCGGAUCCCGAUUCCCGAUCGCUGUCGCCCACGGUGAAGGUUAUGCUCAGUUCAAGUCUGAUAAUGACUUGGCUCAAUUCAAGCAAGACGGAUUAACUGCAGCUCGCUAUGUGGACAACCAUGGCAAAGCUACAGAACGUUACCCAUACAACCCCAAUGGCUCGCCGGAAGGUAUCACUGCUGUCCAAACUCCUAACGGACGUGUCUUGGCCCUGAUGCCUCAUCCUGAGCGUGUCGUUCUCAAGGAAAGCAAUUCGUGGUAUCCCACCGAAGAGAACUGGGGACAGGUUGGACCUUGGCUCCGGAUAUUCCGCAAUGCCCGCAAGUGGGUUGGCGACAAUUUCUAG